AUGGCAGAAAUACUUCAGACGAUCUUGGAAGAGCUUAACAUUGAACAUAAAGUGUUCACGAUUAUAGCAGACAAUGCUGCUAAUAACGAGACUUUAAUGUCAGAGUUAUAUUACAAUCUUAAAGAGAAGCUUGAUACGAAAGAAAAAUUCCAAGAUUUCAAGGACUGGAUAGCUAUAUGCGCUGUAUAG